UGCCUGAAUACUGCUCUUGUUUUUGCACCAACGGCAGACACGGAACUUCGGCGUGCAAAAAUGAGGCCAUAACGAAUGAUAUGACGGAAUCAAUAUUCGACCGGUGUGGACGUUGGUAGAUUUAAUUUAAUAGAUCUGCCGAUGCAUGCAUGUCCCAACAUGACUGCUUAAGUGUUCCAUUCAGUCAUGAGAACCAUCCGGAGGCACCGAUCUGCUACGGGCACCGAGCUGCUACUGGGACGCUGCAACCGGCUCCGGAUGUCCCGAGUUCGGAUGCUUCUCGUUUGUCUAUGCGGGAUGCUGGCUAUGGCUCUGACACUUGGAUUUUUUUUGUCGAGUAAUGAUACAAGAGAUGAUGAUGACAGUAUUCAUAUGCACGAUAACAUACAAUUUCGUGUGCCAGACCUAAUAAGAGACAAGUUGACCCAUAACCCCCGUAGGUUCACUGUGGCCCAGAUCAAACGUCUGGUGGGCCAGGUAAAUUCGGGGAGGCUUUGGUACUCUCUCCUGAGGCCCAUCCUGGUAGAGAGACUGCCAGGUACAAGAGGCAGCCAUAGGGUGCGUGAGCACAUCUACAGCCAUCUAGAGUUCCUGUCAGCGGGUUGGUCGUUGGAGGUCGACUCCUUUAACUCUGCUACCCCAAAGGGACUAAUCACCUUCUCCAACCUGCUAGCAGUCCUGGACCCCUCUGCCCCACGUCGUCUGCUGCUGGCCUGCCACUACGACUCCAAGUUCAUGCCCCCAGCUUCCAAAACCCCCGACGGUCCUCUCAGGAGGUUCCUAGGGGCCAGCGACGCGGCCGUCCCCUGUGCCAUGAUACUGGAGCUGGUGACUGCACUGGACGUCCACCUGAAAGUGCUAAAACAACAGAAGUCACAGGUGACAUUGCAGUUGGUAUUCUUUGAUGGUAAUGAGGCGUUUGAGCAGCCAAGCCCCUCCGACUCUCUGUAUGGCUCACGUUACCUUGCUGAACAAAUGUCCCGCACCCCUCACCCCCCAGGAGCCGAACAUACCACCCUGUUAAAUGCUUUGGACCUGUUUGUUCUGUUGGAUUUGAUUGGUGCACCUGACCCUAUGUUUGUCAACCACUUUGACAACACUGUACGCUGGUUUGAUGAGCUCAUAUAUGCAGAGAGGAGACUCCAUAAGCUGGGUCUGCUGUCCUCCCACCCCAGAGAGGUGAGCUACUUUAGGAAGGACAUAAACCUGGGCCCUGUGGAGGACGACCAUGUGCCCUUCCUCCAGCAGGGGGUUCCAGUACUACACAUGAUCACAACGCCCUUCCCCUCCUUUAUGCACACUCUGGAGGACACAGCGGAACACAUCCAUUCUCAGACUAUCGAGAAUCUCACUAAGGUGCUAGUGGUGUUCCUUGCUGAAUACAUAGGACUCUGACUGACAUUUUUCCCCCAUUAUUAUUGACCAUACACAUUGAUCCGUUCGAUUUUAUGCCACAAUCACCCACCCUUGUUUUAUAAUAUCAGCCACUCUCCCACUUACAGUUAAUUACUUGAUUACUUAGUAUCACAUCCCCACAUCAUACAUUUCCAAAGUCCUAUCACACCAGGCAAUUUUUCCACAUCACCUAUAAUCCCACAUUCUAUACCCUAUUCUUAUUGUUUUUUCUUUAUCCAUUCUGGAGCCAAACUAGAAAACUGUUGAAAUUAGGAUUGUGAUUACAGAGGCCUUUUACAUACCCUGUCCCUCUAAUUCUCAUAAUCGAUGUGGGUCUCAGAUUUAUGCAAAAACACAUGGCUAAACUUGAUAAUGUGCCUUUUUUCAAUAUGUUCAGUAAAUAAGGUUGUGAACAUUAGAGUAUAUAGUGCUUCCCAGUGAGGGAUAGAAAAAACAGUUUAAAAGGCAAAAUAAAGAGGUGAUAUACAGACAUUACUGUACACAUUUGUUCACCCAAAAAGUAAUUUAUAGUCCAGCCCAGUAAUAAUAUAGCAAUAAAUAUGUGCUUUGACAAGUGCCAGAUUAUAUGGAAUAUAAUUGCAUGUAGCUAAUACAAGUAAUACAAAGUAAAAGUUUCCAAUAGUACAUACACCCAAUAACUCUGUUUGUUGAAAUAUAUGUAUUAUGUAUUAGGAUGAAGAUGAAUCAAAUGUAUUGGUAUGACAUUGUAUAUGGAGCAUUAAGAUAUUUAGAGAGAUUCGUCUAAAAUCAAAACUAGGUUCAGUGCCAAUGCUUUACAUAUCACUUGUGUACUGAAAGAGUUGCAUCUACCAGUUAACUGGCCAAAAGUGAUAAUAACUAAUUGAAAAGUACUAUCUAUUGCAUACUGUAUGCAUCCACUAUUGUAGCAUAACAAUGACCUUGACAUGAGGUGUCGGCCAGCAGAAUGUAAUAAUGCAUAAUGAGAAACUAUUUUAUGCGCAAUACUUGUUACAGCAUACUUAGUUCCAACAUUAUUAUACUGUGUGAAUGGAUGCUGAAACUGCCACAUUUUAGUUACAUAGCCUGGGUUCCAGUCUGUUUCUGCUAAUGUAGCACAUGGGGAUGUGUGAAACUUACUCCUCAGCCUGAAGUGUCCCUACUUGCACCAGUGUGUAGCUAGCUUUUCACGUGGUGUCGACUGGUAAGAUGCUUCAGGAAGGCGGUCAUGUGUGUUAGCAAGGCAGAGGUCCUGGGUACGAGCCUCAUGUGACCUGAGUCAAGAAGAAGUGGUACUUGCUAAGGAUAACGUCAGUUGUUUAUGCACAACAAGCAGGCACCCAGGCUCCAAUUUGAGUCAUCUAAUCGCCUAUGUGAAAGAUUGAUUGAUGCUAUACUUAAGCAAUAAGGCCCGAGGGGGUGUGGUAUGUUGGACAUAUACCACAAGCCUUAUUGCUAUUGUAAACUGUAAACUGGUUACCAAUAUAAAUAGAACAGUAAAUAAGUAUUUUUGAGUCAUACCCAUGGUAUAUUGUCUGAUAUACAAGACUGAAAUACUGUUUUAGCCAAUCAGCAUCCAGGACCCAAAAUACACAGUUUGUAAUGUACCUCAACCCUUGUAUUGCACUAAUAUCUGACAUUGCCUCAUACUUUCAUUGUAGGGUAUAAAGAAAACUGAUGUGAAAUGAAUGAUAGCUUGCAUAGAAUUCCUCUGAGAAUAUUUUCUUAAA